AUGCAUAGUGUGAUUCGUCGUUCUCCAAGUAUUACUUCGUCAACAGUGGCUGAUCCAUCGACAGUAACUGUGCGCAUUCAAAGCGCCUCAACAAGUGAUCUAAAUGUUCAAGAUGUCGAUACGGGAUCGUCCGAUGAUGACGAGGAUGCCGAUGAUUUGCGGCGCAAAUGUGACCGAAAGAAAAUUCGUGAACGUAUUCAAACACGACCAUCGUCAGGAAAUAUUCGUCAAAAUCCAUCAGCACUUGUGACUAAUCAUAAUCCUUCCUUUCAACAACGUACCGGUAGGAAAAGUGCUGACGUAACAUCUUCAAUGCGUCUACCACCGACUCGUCCCACAACUGCUGUCUCAUUACCAGCAAAUCCAUCGGCAUUUGAUAAUGAUUGGGAUCUCGAUAUAGCAGAAACAUUCAACUCAUCGAACCCUCGGCGAAACCCAUCGUGUCCAUCUAUCUCUCCAAUUAUCGCCCGGUCAAAACCGCCAACCCAAUCAAUAUUCGCUCAUCAAGCAGCUCCAGCCGUAUUUACGACUACUUCCGAAUGUCUAGGUAAAGAGUUUCAUCCACAACCACGCCGUGAUGCGCCAAGACGAUCUCAGUCGUUAGCAAAGUCUCUUGUACUCAACAAUAAUCCAGCAUCGCCAACAACUCCAAUUGUUUCCUUGACACAGAAUAUUUUAUUAGGCUCAAUACGUGCUUUACAAAAUGAACGACAACUAUGUAAAUAUUCAGUUGAUUAUCUUAUUGAUGCAACCAAUAUGAGACCGAAUGAACUAGCACGUAAAGCCAAUGUUGGUGCUCGUCUUCCAUGCCAUUGCGGCCAUACGCAUUCACGUUGUACUUUAACAUUAGAAUUCGAUCAACCAUAUGUCUCAUCCACAACAAAUUCAACAUUGCUUAGUACUGAUCAUAAUAAUCAAAAUAACAGCAAAAUGCGUGAAUUAUCUCGGACAUAUUUAGGUCAACUAUUUUCAGCUGUUAAUCGGUUCAUAUCCAAAGCUCAACAAGAGGGCAAACGUAUACUUAUCUAUGGAUUUGAAUUGACACCGAACUCCCCGCUAGCAGUCAUAGCUAUACAAUAUUUAAUGUUAACCGAAGAACUGUCUUAUACUGAAGCCACACAUCGAAUUCAUCGACUAUUUCCCAUUAUUCCUUUACAACAUCAGCAGUACCCCAUCAUGGAAAAACGCUUUCAAGAUUAUCUUAAACAACUAGAUCGACGUACAUUUCCACGAAAUAUCACCGUUACUAAUAUCAGCGGUGAUGGAAGUAGUAGUGGAAAUGACUAUCGACAUUCGCCACAUGAAUCAUCUCGAGAAUCAUCUGAAAUCACGACAACUACAACAAUUACAAAUAGUACACCAGUUACGUCAUGGACAACGAUUCCAAUGCCUAUUGGUAAUAAUAGUGCUGAAACGUCGCGUUCCCUAUUCGUAGCACGUGCAGCUUGGGACAGUUGA